AUGCUGCCGUGUAGACCGGCCCAGGAGUUCAGCUUUGGGCCCCGGGCCCUGAAGGACGCCCUGGUCUCCAGCGACGAGGCCCUGCAGCAGCGGUACGCCUCGGCCUUCUCCCCAGCCGAGAGGCUCUUCCUGGCUGAGGCCUACAAUCCCCGGAGGACCCUCUUCCGCCCGCUGCUCAUCCACUCUGCCUUCGACUGGCUCCUGAGCCGCCCGGAAGCCCCCGAGGACUUCCAGACCUUCCAUGCCUCCCUGCAGCACCGCAAGCCUGGCCCAGCCCGGAAGCACAUUUACCUGCAGCCAAUAGAUCUGAGUGAGGGGCUGGGGCGCCCCCUGCUGGAGCAGCUGCGGAGCUGCGCGGAAGCUUUCUUCCUGGGCCUGCGGGUCACGUGCCUGCCCUCCGUAGCGGCCGCCACCAUCCACUGCUCCUCGCGGCCCAGCCAGGACUCCGAUGGGCUCCAGCUCCACACAGAUGGCCUCCUGUCUUUUCUGAAGAGCACCAAGCCAGAGGAUGCUCUGUGUGUGCUGGGCCUCACGCUGGCUGACCUGUACCCCCAUGACACCUGGACCUUCACCUUUGGCAAGUUCCUUCCGGGGCAAGAAGUGGGCAUCUGCAGCUUUGCCAGGUUCUCCGAGUUCCCGGGGCCCAGCACCCCUGAGGCUGCCGCGGGCCGGGGGGCAGCAGAUGGCCCUGAAGCCUCUCCGCAGGACAGUGGUGGAAGCCUGGGUGUGGCGCAGUGCUGCAAGGUCGCCUGUCACGAGCUCUGCCACCUCCUGGGCCUGGGCAGCUGCCGCUGGCUGCACUGCCUCAUGCAGGGGGCGCUCAGCCUGGAUGAGGCCCUGCGGCGGCCCCCCGACCUCUGCCCCAUCUGCCUGAGGAAGCUGCAGCACGUCCUGGGCUUCAGGCUGGUGGACAGGUACAAGCGACUCUAUGCCUGGACCCGGGCAGCAGCAGCAGGGCCGUGGCCCGGCCCGGAGGCUGGGGAGUGGUCUGCGUCGGAGGACACGCUGCCCUUCAGUGCUGAUUCGGGCCUGUGCUGCGACAGUGACUCAGAGCCAGUCACCAGCCUGUCGGAGCCCCUGACCCCUGACGUGUGGGGUCACGCCUUCCCUGAGGGGCCCGAGGAUGGGCUGGGCUCCCUGGCAACGUCGGAAGCUGUGCCGAGGCUGAGGGGCCCCGAGGAGGACCUGGAGGAGCAUGGGCAGUGGCUGGCCGCGUGUAUCCAGGCCCUGGAGCGGGAGGCCACAGAGGAUGACCUGGCGCAGGUGGACAGAGCUGUGGAUGCCAUGGGCCGCUGGGAGCUGUUCACAGGGCAGCUCCCAGCCACCAGGCAGGCCCAGCCCUGUGGCAGGGACAGCCCAGGGCUGCGCAAGGUCCUGGGGGAUAAGUUGUCCUCCCUCAGGAGGCGGCUGAGCACGCGCAGAGUCCCCAAGGCGGGGUCCUCCCCCUGUGGCUGGGAGGGAGCAGAGAAUUAG